AGCGUGACCGCGUGUGUGAGCUUAGCAGCGACGCGGCGCGAUCCCUCUCUCUCACCCGGUUUCUCCUCUCGUCGCGUCCCUCUUCUUCCGCUUCGCCUCCCCCUUUCGUGCAUCCACCGCCGGCGGCACCGCCGAGGCCGGGCCGGGCGACGUUAGAAGAGGAGGAAGACUGACGCGUGCCGCCCGCCUGACGGACUGAAGAAAACUUGCGGCCGACGGCGGGCAGUCGUUACUCGAGUUUACCGAGCCGCGACGGUUAAAGCGUGUAAUUUUGUAAUUUCUCGUUAUUCACUUGCUUCGCCUCGUACGCGGCACACUUCAUCACGAGGUCGCGGCCGCCGCCGGAGGAAGUAACGACGAUCACGGAAGAAUCGCCCGAGGACGCCGAGGUUGUUGCCUUCGCGUUUACCGUCCUCCAGCGCGGAAGGUGGUGCUUCGCGUGCCGUGCGUUUAUGUGCGCGUUUAGGUGACAGAAGGAGAGACGGCGGCGGCGAACGACGAGGGGUGUUGCUGCGCGAGAGAUAUUACACAGUCGUCGACGAGUUGCCGGUUACGUGGUGCUCAUCGGAUAAAGGGUGCUUGGGAACGGCGAGACGGAUACGAUAAGUGGAGGACAGGCACAGGAGGACCAUCGUGUCACGACCGGGGAGAAGAAGAAAGGAACGUGUAAUAGCAGAUUCUAUUCAAGAUGACGAGCGCAGUGACAAAUCUGGUGCAUAGUUAUAGGGACCUCAUGGACAAUCAGUCCGAUUCCAGGGUAAAUGAUUGGAUAAUGAUGAGCAGCCCUUUUCCGACCUUGGCGAUAUGUUUGUCAUACGCUUACUUUAGCAAGGUUCUGGGACCGAAACUAAUGGAAAACAGAAAGCCUUUUGAUCUUCGGGGAGUCCUUAUUACGUAUAAUUUCCUACAGACUCUCUUCUCCAUGUGGAUAUUUUACGAGUAUCUUAUGAGCGGUUGGGCGAAAGGUUAUAGUAUCCAUUGCCAACCGGUGGAUUAUUCGUCCAGCCCAAUGGGCCUCAGAAUGGCAAGAACCUGCUGGUGGUACUAUUUUAGCAAAUUUACUGAGUUCUUUGAUACGCUGUUCUUUAUUCUAAGGAAAAAGAACCAACACGUUUCAACGCUUCAUGUAAUUCAUCACGGGGUAAUGCCCUUUUCUGUAUGGAUGGGGGUGAAAUUUGCACCAGGCGGCCACAGCACAUUUUUUGCCCUUCUAAAUACCUUUGUACACAUCGUGAUGUAUUUCUAUUACAUGGUAGCCGCGAUGGGACCGCAAUUCCAAAAAUACAUCUGGUGGAAGAAGUACCUCACUACCAUGCAAAUGAUACAAUUUGUGAUGAUCAUGUUCCAUCAAUUUCAAUUGUUCUUCAUCGAGUGCAACUAUCCGCGAGGUUUCAUGAUCUGGAUCGGCUUGCACGGUAUCCUAUUCUUCGGGCUGUUUUCGGAUUUCUACAAGACGAAAUAUACGGAUGACUCAAGAAAAAAUUCUGUGAAAAAGAUGCAAAACGGUACUUCCGCUGGAGCUUGCAUGCCAGUUUUGGACGAUAACGAUAGCACGACGCACAACGGUGUAUCCUCGUACACUACAAUCUACAACAAGGAGUACAACAGCUGUUACAGCAACGGCACAAACAACGGUUAUGUCGCUAAUAAUAACGUCACGGAGAAAAAACUCGCUUAGGACAUAUGGGAAGCUCGAACUUUUUUUUUUAUGUGCCGAUCAACUGCUCGUCUUAUCAUAUAAUUAUCAUGCUAUCGUGAGAAAUCAUUUCGCAACAUGUCCAUAAAUUAUACGUGAGAAUAUAAAGCCAAAUUACAUUCAUAUGUAUGGAGAACAACGAGACAACAUUCUCGGACGAAAAAAUUGGCACGUAUAAAGCGAGAUAUCUCGUUAUUCUGCGUUGCUAGCAGAGCAGUAGUUGUGUUCACUAACAUAGUAUCAUCGACGACAGGGCUGUUAUGAUGUUCGACGGUAAAACUAAUAGAAAAAGAAAGAAGAAAAACCAAAUGCGAUAUAACUAAUCGCUGAGAAAAAAAAUAUUGUGAAUCUUCAUUUUCGAGUCUUUGUAAGAUA